AUGGAGAGAACAAGCAACGGAGGAAUCUUGUACCACGAGGUUCAAGAGUCAAAUCUGUGCGCCGUUCACUGCGUCAACACGGUGUUGCAGGGACCUUUCUUCUCCGAAUUCGAUUUGGCCGCCGUCGCCUCCGAUCUCGACGGGAAGGAGCGUCAGGUCAUGCUCGAAGGCGCCGCCGUCGGAGGGUUUUCCGCCGGCGAUUUCUUCUCUGAGGAAUCGCACAAUGUUUCACUCGGCGGCGAUUUUAGUAUCCAGGUACUGCAAAAGGCUUUGGAAGUGUGGGAUUUACAAGUGAUUCCUCUCAAUUGUCCCGAUGCAGAGCCUGCGCAGAUAGAUCCCGAGCUUGAAAACGCCUUUAUCUGUCACUUGCAUGACCAUUGGUUUUGCAUAAGGAAAGUGAACGGCGAAUGGUAUAACUUUGACAGCCUCCUCGCUGCCCCGCAACACCUAUCGAAAUUCUACCUUUCUGCAUUUCUCGACUCUCUCAAAGGCUCGGGAUGGAGCAUCUUCAUAGUGAAAGGAAACUUCCCACAGGAAUGUCCCAUGUCAUCUUCUUCUGAAGCUUCCAACAGUUUCGGACAGUGGCUUUCUCCCGAAGACGCAGAGAGAAUAGUAAAGAACACGAGCUCGGGACAGGGUACUUCUGUCACCAACAACAUAACUAAUGACAAUGUCGAUCAACAAAGACCAAAUCCGGCAUUGUCGCGUGAAGAAGUGCGGGCUUUUUCAGAGAUGGAAGAUGAUGACUUGAAGGCAGCGAUUGCAGCAAGUUUGCUUGAUGCUUCAGCGGCUGGGGUCAAUCUCGGAGCUGUUGGGAGUUCUCAAAAGGAAACUGCGAAACAAGAGUAG